AUGUCUCUCAAGAACGACGCCUUCCCUUCCUCCGCGGCCUUUGACCUGAUCAACGACACCCUCGCCGCCGCCCCCAAGGAGCGCGAGGAGGCCAUCAAGGCCGCCAAGGGUGUCUUCGCCUUCACUCUCACCAACGAGGCCGGCGCCACCGAGAGCUGGUACCUCGACUUCAAGGACAAGGGCGUCGUCGGCAAGGGCGCUGCUCCAGAGGGCGGCAAGGCUGAUGUAACUCUCGUUCUCUCGGACAAGGACUUCGCCGCUCUCGUCGCCGGCACCGCCAACGCCCAGCGUCUCUUCAUGGGCGGAAAGCUCAAGAUCCGCGGCAACGCCAUGAAGGCCAUGAAGAUCGAGCCUAUCCUCAGCAAGGCUAAGACCAAGGCCAAGUUGUAA